GCUGCCUUCGGGAGUACAUAAACUCUACCGAUAUAAUGCUGCAUCUCUCGGACUCAUUUGUUAUCUCGGCUGGCACUGUCGCCAUUGACAUAUUCAAAAACGUUGUACUCGUCCUCUAUUCUCCCAGCAUCCAGAAAUAUUUCCUUCCCAAAGGUCGAAAAGAUAUCCACGAAUCUCUGCAUGACACCGCCGUCCGCGAGACACUCGAAGAGUCAGGUUACGCAGUUAAGCUCCUCCCGCACAAGCUAGCCACAAACGCGGUACACGCGCACCGGCCUCCCGAGAGAGAUCCGGUUGUAAAUAGCACGAGUACAGAUCCUGUUUCCGGGGCGCAAGAUGUGGCUCCUCCUUGCCCCGCUCCUCCUUGUACUAUUCUUGGUCGGAAUAAUAAUCAUCCUGUGUGCGGCCAUCAGCCUGUAUCUGCUUGCGCUGAAAGCACUGGCAUACCUCAGCGGGAACGAUCCACCGGGCAUCUGGAGCCUCUGGAAUGGCAUAUAGAACCUAUUGCAGUUCAACAACGUGCCUAUCAGCAUUCCUACAAGUUGAUUUUUUGGUACCUAGCGGAGGUGGAUUCGGAGAAAUCGCCAAUAGAGGCGCCGCGGGAAGCGUGGGAAGAUUAUGAAGUCUGCUGGGUUCCGGCGGAGGAAGCGGCGGGGAAGGUGACUAGGGAGGAGGACGGAAAGAUCAUAGAAUGGGCACUGGAGGGGGCAAGGGGUGUUAAAGCGGAGCGGAACGUUGGCGGGGUGCCGGCGGAGGCGUGAUCUUAAUUAACGCCUUGGGGCUAGCCGAGGCCUUUGGACGAGGUAUAUACCUACGUAUCGCGCUGUGUAUGUAUGUACAUACACAUAUACAUACCCGCCCAUGUAAAUAGGUGAUCCGCCGUUGAAGCGAGCUGGCAAUGUUGUUGUGUAGACAGGAGCUCUUCGGAAAAUGAUAUGGAG